AUGGUCCACGGGAUCCUCCGUGAUCAUCUUUACAAAUCAAAGAAACCAUGUCUUCCGUGGAAGCAACGCCUUCAGAUUUGUAUUGGUGCAGCAAAGGGAUUGCAUUAUCUCCAUACAAGUGCGAAUCGCACGAUCAUUCACCGCGAUGUGAAGUCCACCAAUAUUUUAUUGGACGAGAAAUGGGUGGCUAAGAUUUCUGAUUUUGGAUUAUCCAAACUGGGUCCCAUAGAUGCAGACCAUAACCACGUCAGCACAACGGUGAAGGGUAGUUUCGGAUAUUUGGAUCCAGAAUAUUUUAAACGACAACAAUUGACAGAGAAAUCGGACGUGUACUCAUUUGGGGUGGUUUUAUUUGAGGUUUUAUGUGCUAGGCCGGCUAUAAUUCUAGAUUUACCCGAGGAUCAAGUGAAUUUGGCUGAGUGGGCUCGCCAUUGUUAUAAAAAUGGGACCCUUGAUCAAAUUGUUGACCCUAAUAUAAGGGAGGAGAUUGCGCCAGAGUGCUUGAAGAAGUUUGGCGAAUUAGGUGAUAGUUGCUUGCGUGAAAAUGGGUUCAAACGACCAGGAAUAAAUAAUGUUUUGUGGGGCCUUGAGUUUUCUUUGCAACUUCAAGAGGAGGCUGAGAUGAAGGGUCAAGGUGAUGGUGGUGGUGGAGGUGGAGGUGGAGGUGGAUUACUACCGGUAGCGUUGGCCAGUCCCUUGACUCCUCCUCUGCAUGGAGAAUCAACGACCAACAAUGAUGAAAAUGUGUUAAGAUCAAUGACUAACAGUGACAAAUUAAAAAAUAUGACUCUGUUCUCAGAGAUCAUGAAUCCUAUGGGUCGAUGA